GAGAGCGCAGUCGCCCAGGCAGGAGCAGCAGCCAGCAGUACCUGGAGUCCGCUGCAGAAACCUCACCCUGCACCGUGCAACAAAGGCAGCCUGCAAGUCAGCGAGGACAUCUGCAAGCCAAAAAAUGUCGUCCCAACAGUACCAACAGCAACGUCGAAAAUUCGCAGCUGCCUUCUUGGCAUUCAUCUUCAUCUUGGCAGCUGUGGACACUGCUGAGGCUGGGAAGAAAGAGAAGCCGGAGAAAAAGGUGAAAAAAUCUGACUGUGGAGAAUGGCAGUGGAGUGUGUGUGUCCCCACAAGUGGAGACUGUGGACUGGGCACCCGCGAGGGCACUCGCACUGGCGCCGAGUGUAAGCAGACUAUGAAGACGCAGAGGUGUAAGAUCCCUUGCAACUGGAAGAAGCAGUUUGGAGCUGAGUGCAAAUACCAGUUCCAGGCCUGGGGAGAAUGUGACCUGAAUACUGCCCUGAAGACCAGAACUGGAAGUCUGAAGCGAGCUCUUCACAAUGCCGACUGCCAGAAGACAGUCACCAUCUCCAAGCCCUGUGGCAAACUCACCAAGCCCAAGCCUCAAGCAGAAUCAAAGAAGAAGAAAAAGGAAGGCAAGAAGCAGGAGAAGAUGCUGGAUUAAAAGAUGCCACCUUCCAUGGACCAGGAAAAGAACAUCAGCAAACAGGAUUAGUUAGCUAUUACAUUUAUACCUACUGUAGUCUUUUUAUUCAACAGUCAUCUGUAGCUUAAGUACAUGAUAGGAAAAAAAAACCAGAGAAAAAACUUUUUUUUUGUAGUAGCGUUUUUAAAAAAAUGUAUGCCAUAGAGCCACUAGGGGCUUAUAAUAAAGGACUGUAAUACUGUUUAGAAAGUUGAGCUGUAGUAUGUGAUAAGUGGUAGGCAAUUGAGGUAAGUUUUUUUGAUGUUCUAUGAUGUUUCACCUUUAAAUCUUUUUUCUUUAAUUUUUUUUACAUCCCUCCCCCCCUUGGGCAGCAAUUUAAAUGCUACAACCAUGUAAACUAGUUCUCUUGCUAGAUAGGUUUUCACCUAGACUUUUUUUCCCGAUUGUGAAAAAUAUAUACUAAACAAAGCAGCAAUAAGAUAUAAUCAUUCUAUUGGAGAGAAAUACAUUGCUUUCUGCCAGUGCAUGUUUUCUUUAAAAAUUAACAAAUUGAGAGAAGGAGAAAGGCAAAACAAUGAUGUCGUUCAUGGUGAUUUCUGUUUUUUAAGAAAAACAUUAAGACAUGGAGUUCUUUCACUUUGGCAGAAACAUUUGUUUUCUUGAUGAAAUUAUUUUUCCAUCUGAGGAAAGAGAAUCUAGGAAAAAUAAAUCAAAGUGAUACUGAAUAAAAGGUGGUUUGUGUAUAAUAAUUUCAUAUUGUAAUUCUCUCUUUGUCAGCCAUGUUGUGAAAGUCCAUCACACAAGCUAGUUAAAAUCCUCAUGGGCACAAAUGUUACUAAUGUGUUUCUUCUUCUUUUUUCUUUUCUUGUGUGAUUUAGUAAGGUGUACAGGCUGAACAUCCCUAAACACCACAUCUGAUAUGUGCUAAAUACCCAAAAGUUUUGUGUACAGACCUGAUUUCACACAUGAAAAAUUCUACCCAUGACCCCAGGGAAGAUUCAGAGUUAAAAUUCAAGCACACAAAAGUAUUGCAUAAACUUACCUGGGAUUGUGUGUACAAGGUACAUAGGAAACAAUUCAAGUCAGUACUUAUUGCUAGAUUCCAUUCCUUAGACACCUCAUUGUGUGUAGACAAAUUAUAAAGCUAAAAAAAUCAAAUGUGAUAUCCCUCAUUCCAAAUAUUUAAGAUAAAAGACUCUUGACUGUAUCAGUAUUGAAUAAU